AGAUAGUACUGUCCGGUUUAUCUUUCUAUAAUUCUGUUGCAAAUUUGCAAUACAUUCAUACACUUUUGUUUUGUCUCUCAUUAUCAGAAAAACACAAACAGAGAGAACAUAGAGAGAGGAGGAGAGAGAGAGACAGAGAGGGAGAGAUAAACAGAGAAAGAAAGGCAGAGGGAGAGAGAUACAGAGAGAGAAGGAGAGAGAGGGAGAGAGAGAAACAGAGAGAGAGAGAGAGAGAGAGAGAGAGAGAGAGAGAGAUCAGGAGAUGAUGAUGAGUACUCGAUUAGCACCAUUGUCAGAAGAGCCAGUGAUAAAUGAGAUUGAAGAAGAAGAAGAGUUGAGUAAAAAGGGAAGAAAGAAAUGGAAAAAGUGGAUAAAGAACAACUUGCUAUUAUUAUCACAACAAUCUCUCUUCCUCCUUCUCUUCAACAAGAAAUCUGAAGAUGAUAUCAAGAUUCUCUUAAGUGUUCUCGGCUGUCCUCUGCUCCCUGUUUCUUCUUCAUCUCCUCCGCUCAUUCUAACUCCUUCUCUCCCUCAUCAAGUCUCAACAUCAGCAGAGUACAUAAUUCAGCACUUCACGGCAGCAACAGGUUGCCGAAAAUUAGAAGGAAGUGUGAAGAACAUGUAUGUUACUGGCAAAGUUACUAUGGCCAUGGUAGAUGAGCUAGGCUCAGCUGGCGGAGCUGCAGUGAGGCAGGUUCCGACAAGGGGCUGCUUCGUCAUUUGGCAGAUGGUCCCCAAGAAAUGGCAAAUCGAGCUUGUUGUUGGACGCCAUAAAGUGGUAGCCGGGAGUGAUGGCAAUGUGGCCUGGCGCCGCACCCCUUGGCUAGGCUCCCACACUGCCAAAGGCGGUGUCCGUCCUCUCCGUCGGUCUCUUCAGGGACUGGAUCCGGUGGCUACAGCAGAUGUAUUUUCCUCGGCUCAAUACAUGGGUGAGAAACAAAUCCAUGACGUAGACUGUUUCGUGUUAAAAUUAUCAGCCGAUGACACGGACCUGGCAGCACGGAGUGAUCCAACAGCCGAGAUGAUCAAACAUGUUAUGUUCGGUUAUUUCAGCCAGAAAAACGGAUUACUAUUAUACUUGGAGGACUCUUACUUAACCAGAAUUCAGUCACCAGGUUGUCAUCCGACAUACUGGGAAACGACAAUGAGCACGAAAAUGGAGGACUAUCGGACAGUGGAGGGGGUUAGAAUUUCGCAUUCUGGCAAGUCCAGUGCCAUCAUCACACGUUUCGGAGACAAUUUGAGGGGAGGUCCGGUGACAACACGAAUGGAGGAAACGUGGACUAUUGAUGAUCUAGCUUUUAACGUUCCGGGGCUAUCCAUGGACUGCUUCAUUCCACCGGAGGACAUACAGUGAGAUUAGUAAGAUCAAGAUUAUAUAUAUUGACUGUAAAUUGUUCAGAACUAUUUGCUCGGUUGAUAAUCAAUUAUAAGAACUCCUUAUUCUUUUUGCUUA